AUGGCUUCUCAGCAACGAUGGCUUGCGGCGCCCCCGUCAACAAAUACUGUUCGCGUUCGGCUUAUCAAAGACCUCGGACAAAUGAGCAUACCCUCGGCUCUUUUCUUUGAACCAGUGGCUGAAGGCCAUGAAGUUUUUAAUGGACCAGAUACGGCAUUCCUGAUUGAAAACAAAAACCUCGGGAAAAAAGCCGUCUUUGACUUGGGCGUUCGGAAAGACUGGUGGAAUCUACCACCCAAAGUUCGAGAUCCACUGGCUUUCUGUAUUGGAGUCAAGGUUGACAAAGACGUUCCGGAAGUCUUGAAAGAGAGCGGUGUACCGUUGGACGCUAUCAACGAUGUGAUCUGGAGUCAUUCCCAUUUGGAUCACCGAGGGGACGUAUCGCUCUUCCCACCCAAUACUAUUUUGAACUACGGGAAAGAGAUGGCGGCUAUGAAACCGGAAGUCACAGGAAAGGAAGAAGCAGUCUUUCUCUCAUCCGAUUUCGCCGGCCGUCGAAAUAAUGAGAUUGACUUCAGCAACUCCACGCUGAAGAUUGGGGGAUUUCGUGCCCUUGACUUUUAUGACGAUGGGUCUUUCUACCUUCUGGAUACUCCCGGCCACGAUCAUGGCCACUUGAGCGCUCUCGCCAGAACUACAAGUUCAAACGCUGGAAACGGAAAGGAUACUUUUAUUCUCCUAGCUGGGGAUGCCUGUCACUUUUGCGGUGUCUUGAGACCAAACGUUUCGCACCCAUUUCCUCACCCUCAUCUUCCAAAUUCUACAAUUGGAGUUUCGGAUGUCCAACAUCCGGGGUCGCUAUUAAAACGCCAUCCGAAAUAUCAGCAGUCGCCACUUGUUGCAGCUGAGUUGCUCGAAGAAGCUCGCGUAAACCCAUGGUACGGUAUCGCUGCUGGACAGCUAUCCACGUUUCAAGAUCCGGUACUCGGUCAAAAGACUGCAGAUACAAUAAAAGAGGGGUUUGAUGAAGCCGAAAAUGUGUUUAUUGCGCUAUGUCAUGAUCUGAGCCUAUUGGCUGAAGAUAACGGUAAGCCAGUGUUGCCAACACUAAACGAUGCUCCUCAAGGAGAUUUGAAUAGCUGGUAUGAGAACGGUUGGAAGGAUAAGCUGUACUGGACGUGGGUCAGCCAAUUGGGUAAACAAGAUAAAAAUGGGCGCAUUCAAAUGCGGGAGCCGCUGGUCACCGGAUUUUGGAUGAACGGGAAGAAAUACGAGAAGGCGCAAGACGUUUUCGAUAAGGCAUUGAAAGAGUAA